UUCUCGGAACUCGCGUCACAAUAAGACGCAGGUUUUAGGUGGGAAAAUGAUUUCUCUACUGUGUGCAAUUUUUAAUCAGAUUGCAUAAAAUCCCGUUGAGCGUAAACGCGUGUAUAGUAAAUGAAUGACAGUUUAAAAUUAGAUUUGAAUUUCGUGCCUUUUGGGUUAUUUUUCGGCAAAGGAAAAGUUUACUCCCCAUUGUUUGCUAGCUCGCUCGCGGGAGACGCUCGUCACGUAAUUUCUCGUUCAAAUGACUAUUUUCUCUUGCGGAUGUAUGUUUAUUAAGUGACGGUUAGUGUGUAACCACCUUAAAAGUGUUUAUUCAAGUACAAAGUGUCCGCGAUGCCCGAAAUCAAACUCCAGCACGUCGUGUCGUGCAGCACCGAGGACAACACUCACAAGGCGGACAACCUCCUGAGCUCGGAUACGUACAGAAAGUGGAAAGCCGCCCGAGCUGGAGAGAAGCAGACGUCAGUCAUUCUUCAGUUCGAGAAGGAGGAACAGGUACACAGCGUGGACAUUGGAAAUGAAGGCUCGGCGUUCGUGGAGGUGCUGGUGGGGAACUCCUCCUCUGUCAGAGAUCAGGACUAUGAGGUGCUGUUGGUCACAUCGUCCUUCAUGUCACCCACGGAGAGUCGGAACGGCACCAACAUGAACAGGGUGCGCUUCUUCGGACCCGGACAGCUGCAGAAGAGCACGGCGCAGGAGAAGUGGGACCGGGUGAAAAUUGUCUGCAGCCAGCCUUACAGUAAAAACAUCGCAUACGGCCUGGCCUUCGUCAAAUUCCACUCGCCUCCGGACAAGAAUGACCCUCCAGUGACAUCCCCAAAAUUGACCAAGCUGGGUCAGUUCCGGGUGAAGGACGACGCUCCCGCCUCAGGCUCCAGCAUGCAGCCCGGCAGUCUCUUCUUCAGCGCCAAGUCCAGUCCUUCCCCCAAAGCGUCCCAACAGAGUAACAAAUUGAGCUACGCUGCCGCUGCCUUGCAAGCUGCCGGGCCCGCCGCCCCAUCGUCGGCUCCUCCGUCAUCCUCCACUUCGCCACAGGCGCCCGCAAAGAAAAAGUUUGAAUUCAGCAAAGAGCGCCAGUCGGCAUCCGGACCUCCUCCCGCCAAGAGAAGCAGCCCGGGGAGCUCGCCGGAAUUCAAAGCCGCAACCGCCAAAGUCAAAACCGGCACGCCGAGCCCCGGCGCCUCCAGAGCCUCGCCGGCGACGGCAUCCGCCGAAAAGAAGCGCGAGAGUCGUCCCAAAGCAAAAGAGUGGCCGGCCAAAGGCGUGAAGACUCCCGAGCAAGUGCCCUUCAAGCGCAUCAUGGAGGGAGUGGUGUUCGUCCUCAGCGGCUUCCAGAACCCCUUCAGGGGGGAGCUGAGGGAGAAGGCGCUGGACAUGGGAGCCAAGUACCGGCCGGACUGGACGCCCGACUCCACGCACCUCAUCUGUGCCUUCGCAAACACCCCCAAGUACAGCCAGGUGAAGUCGGCGGGUGGCAUGAUCGUGCGCAAGGAAUGGGUGAUUGACUGCCAUCAAAGGAAACGGAAACUUUCCUACAAAAGUUAUUUGAUGGAUGGCGCAGAGUCGAGCUCAGAAAGCGACAUGGAGGCAGACGAGCAGAGCGAGGAGGAAGCCGGCACCAAGUCGCCGCCGAGACCGGCGCCAGCCAAUAAGCAGUCGGAGACGACCACGGUGGACGAGUACGCCGGCUCCACCGACGUGGACGACGAACCGGGCGGUGUCGACGACGACGACUCUGCCGACGACACGGAGGACGAACUGCAGAGGGUGGAGAGCGAGAACAGGCGCAAGAAGAAUAGCAAAGCGCUCAAGCGGGAAGAGGAUCCCUACGCCGGCUCCACGGACGAGAACACGGACGCCGAGCAGGAGCAGGAUCGGCCCAUCCCGGACCUGCCCGACUACCUGGACGGGAAGCACUUUUUCCUCUACGGCAAGUUCCCCAACAACGAGAGGAGACAACUGGCGCGCUACAUCACCGCCUUUAACGGCGUCCUGGAGGACUACAUGUCGGAGGCGGUGCACUUUGUGGUGACGGGCGAAGGAUGGCACGACUCUUUCGAGGACGCCCUGAUGGAGAACGGCAACCUGAAUUUCGUCAAGCCGGCUUGGAUCUACGCCAUCGAGCAGCGGCGGAAGCUGCUGCCCUACCAGCCGUACAGCGUGGUGCCCUGAAAACCACGCCCCCGCCUCUUUCUCGUCUCUUUUGCUGGUUUGACUCCGCGAACUACACUCGCUUCGGUGAGAUGUUUUCCUGCAAAGGUGGCAUCGGCAUCGACGCGAGAUUGUUUGUUUGUUUGUUUGUUUAGAGAAGACUUCAACUGGCCCGCCUCAGGUGAGCCUGAUUGGUCGGGGCUGCCGAGCGGCGGCGACGAUAAGAUGCUCUUUAGGGGGUGUUCGCAAAGUUCCAGAUUUGGUUUUGUUUUGGCGGGGGGGUGGGGGGGGGGGUUUCGCCUCCACUUUCCUUCCAGAGGAAGAUUUGAGAUUCGAUCAAAGUGGCUUUUGUAAUCUUUUUUUGUGUCACGUAGCUCGCGAGAAA